AGCUAGUGAAUCCUCCUGCUUGCCCAAGGCUGUCUUUCAUGACAUUUAUUAUGCGGUUUUUGUAAUUUGCAUGCCAUCUCUCCUUGCCCGAUUCCUACAAAUAGUUUGGUUGAUCCUUAUUCCCGACCCCUCCUGGAACGUGUCAACUUGAAACGCAAUUAGAUAUUGGCAAUGUCGUUCGCUUCUUCACCGAUUCUCGCCUUGUCGCCAUCAAUGGGACAUCAGGAUUCGGGCACACCUCCCCCUGGUGUUGAGUCUUCUGCAUCUAUUACGCAGCCUCAUACGAGUCACGCACGGCGCCGCCGUGAUAAACCGCAGCUUUCGUGCGUUGACUGUCGCCGCCGCAAAUCGCGAUGUGACCGCAAGCAUCCAUGUGCCAAUUGUUUUACCCGUGGGCAGAUGUGUGUUUAUCCAGAGAACCAUACGGUGGCCUCAGCACCAUCAAUUCCACAGCCGUCGCUGGCCGCAACCCCCAACCUACAGGACCGACUGGAUCACCUGGAGCGUCUUGUAUUAUCACUGAAGAACGAGACGUCAGACGUCAAAAAUACCAUUUCAGGCCCAUCCAUUGAACCCAGUGGCAGCGUUCAAGAUUCAGUCAGAGAUGGGAGUUCGGAAGGCGGUAGCAUGCAUUUUAGUGCUGCGGAACACCGCUACAUUAGUGGCGACCAUUGGGCUGCUAUCCUCAACAGCAUUGCUGAUCUCAGAGAUCACUUUGAUCGACAAGAGCACCUUGGACUGGUCUCUGCGUCCGAUGGGGUGUCUACCAGGAGUAAUGGGGGCCAAAGUGCUGGCGUAAACAAGGGACAACGUGCACUUCUUCUGUAUGGCUGUCGACCCGCAACUUCACGUGCUGACAUACUUGCUGCGCUGCCCCCUAGAGAAGCCGUGAGCCGCUACGUAUCCCGCUAUUUCAAUCGUAUGGAUCUUGUAUCUUCUGCUGCUGUUCAUGGCCCUACUUUUCUCCAAGAGUACGAAAAUUUCUGGCAGGAUCCAUCCCAAGUCCCAAUCAUCUGGCUCGGGCUACUCUUCGGCAUGAUAGCGCUGGCUGUUCUGUCUUCGGAGAUGCACGAAGUUGGCAAUGGUAACAGUACGGAGCAGCUUUUGCUUCAAGUUCAGUUAUAUCGCGAAAAGAUCACGCAGUGCCUCAUCAUGAGUGAGUACACAAAGUGCGGGCCAUACGUGUUGGAAACGAUCAUCCACUAUGUCUACGUGGAAUACCUUUUGAAACCGGACGCCGAUCAAGACCUUUGGUUUCUACUAGCACUAGAAGUCAACACAGCCAAGCGCAUGGGUUAUCAUCGUGACCCUCGCCACUUCUCAGACAUCUCUAUUCUAGAAGGAGAGAUGCGGCGUCGCUUAUGGGCCACAGUUCUGCAAAGUGAUAUACUGAUAUCCAGCCAAAUGGGCAUGCCGCGCAUGACGUCCGACUGUCAAAGUGAUACAGCCGAGCCCCGCAACCUGAAUGACACGGAUUUGGACCAAGACACAACAGAACUGCCGCCGUCACGACCUGAGACUGAACAUACAACGACAAUAGGAGUCAUAGCACGAAGACGAUUACUGGUGGUUCUUGGUACUAUCUCGGAUCUAACAGCUAAAGUCAAGCCUGUCAGUUAUAGUGAGUUCCUGAAAGUCGACAAUUCUCUCCAUGAAGCCGCGGAUAGCAUUCCCCAACCCCUGAAGAUGAAGCCUAUCACCUCGAGCAUGACCGAUUCGCAGCAACUGAUUAUGGCCCGGCUGUUCCUCAAUCAUAUGUUUUACAAGGGACAGCUUUUACUUCACCAGCGAUUUCUUUAUAUGCCGUCGACGUCUUCUGAUAAGGAUACAUUCGAGUACUCACGGAAAGCCUGCAUUGAUGCUUCUUUGGGAACCCUUCAAAUACAGCAAACUUUGGAUGAGGAGACUUGUCCCGGGGGCCAGCUUGAUACGCUGCGUUGGCGAGUGACAUCUAUCAUGAACCAUCAGUUCCUCACCGCCACCAUGAUUCUGUGUUCGCUCUUAUACCGUGGGAGAACAAUACAGCGGAUAGAUGAGAUCACUGCAGCAUUGCUUGCGUCCAGAGCCAUCUGGAUGAGGAGAAGCGUAAAAUCUCGUGAGGCACAGAAGGCUGCUGAAACAGUGAGCAUGGUCCUUGCAAGGGCAGGAGCAAGCGACAGAUUCGUGCCUGAGGAUCCUUCUCCACCGACUAGCACUACUACCACAUUGAUGAGAGAUAUUGAGAUCAGCCUAGGUUUGGACCAAAUCGGCACCUUGACAAAUGUAGACCACAUGUUAUUCCCCCAAGUCCCAGGACCUACAAAUCUUCCAUUUGCGGUAACGUUUACGGAAUCUGAUCUUCAGCAACCCAUGGAGUAUUCUAUGAAUAUGGACAUGAUGGAUAGAGCUGGCUGGGCAUUGCCUCAAUGGUUAGCGACAAGUCAGCCUUCAGAGCCAGAAGCGUUGUGAUAAUGAUGGGCACACACAAAACGGGAUUUGAAUGGACUUGGUAAGAGGAUGAUCUCAGAGCUCGGCACUGGCAAGUUACUCUAUAUAGGACAGCUGCACUGCCUAUAAGCACCUGUCCAUCAGAUAACCAAUUUGAAGUAAUCCUACUGUCACAUCGAUAAGCUAG